GAGUGUGACAGUGGGAUUCUUGUUGUGGUUGGUUUUGAUGGAGUGUACAUUACAGAACCGUGUUGUAUAGCAGCAUGCUAUUCAGGAGGAGGAGACAGGCCAUAUGAUCCAUAAACUGUAGGGAUUAGCCUGGUAAUUAGCACGUUGUUUGCUAUACUUUCUCUCCUUUGCGUGGCUGUUUGCUAGGUAAGGAGCCAGCUUACUGUCCGUGAUCUUUCUCCUGGAGGUGUCAGUGAAAGCAGUCUGUUCUGUGAACAUGUCUCCAAGAAAUCUUGAUAGUAUCUGGUUUGACUGUAAUGGGAGUUUAAAGCCUUUAAGCAAACACUUGCAUUUACUUGUCUUAAACUGCAAGAUGAAACUAGCCUUGGAGUCAGGCACCCAAGAUCACCUCUCUUACUGCAGCUAGCCAGCAACCACUAAUUUCAGCCCCCAGAAAUAACCGAGAGGGUAGCAGAGUAGUGGAUGAACUUUGUUCAUCCCACGGUUCUUUGCCGUCUCGGAGCUGUUACAUGCAGACAGAUUAGUCCAGUUUAUUCAUCCAGUGUAGUAAAAACCACUGUUUCAGAGCUGCUGUUUGUGACAAUUUUCUCCUUUGGCAUCAGUUCUCCCUAAAUGGUUCCAGUCUGAUCCAGUCCUGAGCCAUUGAAAGCUGUGUGUGAUUCAAAGUUCAAAUUGUUUUUCUUUCUGUUUCAGAGCUACAGUUAACUGUUUGCCAUUGCUGUAGCUUAAUGGAUAUUAGCAGCUGACAGCAUUGGAAUGAAUCUGGCUCUGAGUGUGUCCUGACCUCCCAAGAGUCCAGCUGCGGUGAGCCUGUGGGACAGAAGACUUCUGUGUGACAAGCAGGUUUCAAGUCCUUUUUUGAGGCAGACAGAGCUGUUCAGAUGAUUUUCACAUUAUAGGAUAUUUCCAGCAAAGAGGAGGUGCAUUAUAACAUAAUAGACUGCUUUUGAAGUGCCCAGCUAAACUGCACUGGUUAGCUCUGACAUGCUGUUUUACAAGGAAUGAAGGUCAAGCAGAAUUUAAGUUUUACUAAGAAGUCUAAGCUUCAGAUUUGUGGAAGAAAUGUAAAUUUCAGCCUUUAGGAUUCAAAAGAACUCUCUUCAAAAAUGGCGGAAGCCCAUCAAGCAGUAGCAUUUCAAUUUACAGUAACUCCAGAUGGGAUCGACCUGCGGAUGAGCCAUGAAGCACUCAAACAAAUUUAUCUGUCUGGUGUCCAUUCAUGGAAGAAAAAGUUCAUCAGAUUCAAGUCAACUACUUUGGUAUGAAAAAAUUAUGUGAAGGCUUUUCUUUCCAGAAUGGAAUUAUCACUGGUGUUUAUCCUGCUAGCCCAUCUAGCUGGCUUAUUGUAGUUGUGGGUGUGAUGUCAACAAUGUAUGCCAAAAUUGAUCCUUCUUUAGGAAUAAUAGCUAAAAUCAACCGAACCCUUGAUACAACUGGCUAUAUGUCAAACCAAACACAGAACAUCGUCAGUGGAAUACUUUUUGGCACAGGGCUUUGGGUUGCCCUUAUUGUCACAAUGCGGUACUCUCUCAAAAUGCUGCUUUCCUACCAUGGUUGGAUGUUUGCUGAACACGGCAAACUUUCUGCAGGCACCAAGUUUUGGAUGACACUUGUAAAGCUCUUCUCGGGACGUAAGCCCAUGCUAUACAGUUUCCAGACAUCUUUACCACGAUUGCCGGUUCCAGCUGUUAAAGACACAGUCAAUAGGUAUCUGGAAUCAGUCCGGCCACUUAUGAAUGAUGAAGAGUUCAAAAGAAUGGAAGGUCUUGCCAAAGACUUUGCAUUUAAUUUGGGACCAAGGCUUCAGUGGUAUUUGAAGCUCAAAUCCUGGUGGGCCACAAACUAUGUUAGUGAUUGGUGGGAAGAAUAUAUCUACCUUAGAGGACGUGGACCAAUUAUGGUUAAUAGUAACUAUUUUGCGAUGGACUUCCUUUAUUUAUCUCCCACAACCCUACAGGCAGCUAGAGCUGGUAAUGUUAUUCAUGCCAUCUUGCUCUACCGGAAAAAGCUGGACAGACAAGAAAUCAAGCCAAUUCUUCUGAUGGGAUCAACUGUUCCGCUCUGCUCAGCUCAGUGGGAGCGGAUGUUUAACACGUCCCGUAUUCCAGGAGUGGAAUCAGAUACUCUCCAGCAUGUGAAAGACAGCAAGCACAUUGUUGUGUACCAUAAGGGGCGUUACUUCAAAGUGUGGCUGUACCAUGAUGGUAGACUGUUGAAACCUCGAGAAAUCGAACAGCAAAUGCAAAGAAUUCUUGAUGAUGAUUCAGAGCCUCAGGCUGGCGAAGCAAAACUAGCAGCUCUUACUGCAGGAGAUAGAAUACCAUGGGCUAAGGCUCGACAGACUUAUUUUAGCCGUGGAAAGAACAAGCAGUCUCUAGAUGCUGUUGAAAAAGCAGCAUUUUUUGUGACAUUGGAUGACAUCGAGCAAGGGUACAGGAAGGAAGAUCCAGUGAGGUCACUGGAUACAUAUGCAAAGUCCCUAAUACAUGGCAGAUGUUAUGACAGGUGGUUUGAUAAAACAUUUACUCUUGUAGUAUUCAAAAAUGGCAGAGUGGGUCUGAAUGCAGAGCAUUCUUGGGCAGAUGCUCCUAUUGUUGGACACCUGUGGGAGAAUGUAAUGGCAACUGAGUAUCUUGAACUGGGCUAUUCAGAGGAUGGACACUGCAAAGGAGAUACCAAUCAAAAUAUUCCUAUUCCUACCAAACUACAGUGGGAAAUUCCAGAAGAAUGCCAAGAAGUGAUUGAGAGGUCUCUGAGCACUGCCACAGCUCUGGCAGAUGAUGUGGACUUCCAUUCAUUUUAUUUUGAUGUUUUUGGGAAGGGACUAAUAAAGAAAUCAAAAACCAGCCCUGAUGCCUUCGUUCAACUUGCCCUGCAGCUUGCUCACUAUCGGGACAUGGGAAAAUUUUCUUUAACAUACGAGGCCUCUAUGACACGCUUGUUCAGAGAAGGCAGGACUGAAACCGUCCGUUCAUGUACUGUUGAAUCAUGCAAUUUUGUUCGAACCAUGGAAGACCCAAAUGAAAGUAAUGAAAAUAAGCUUAAGUUCUUCCGGCUUGCAGCUACCAAACAUCAGCAUUUAUAUCGUCUUGCCAUGACUGGUGCUGGCAUUGACCGCCAUCUGUUCUGCCUCUAUGUCGUUUCCAAGUACCUUUCUGUAGAUUCUCCGUUUCUUAAGGAAGUUUUGUCGGAGCCUUGGAGACUGUCAACAAGUCAGACACCACAGCAACAUAUUGAUCUGAAGAAGAACCCUGAGAUGCUGUCCAGUGGUGGAGGAUUUGGACCAGUGGCUGAUGAUGGUUAUGGUGUUUCUUACAUUAUCUUGGAUGAAAAUUCUAUCCAUUUCCAUGUCUCCAGCAAAAUCUCUUGUUCCGAGACAGAUUCUCAUCGCUUUGGAAAGAACAUCCAAAAAGCAAUGGUUGACAUCAUGGGUUUAUUUAACCACAGUAAAAACUGUACAAAGUGAUUUGCCGUAUUGGUGCAAAGCAACCUCCUGUUGUCGGAAUGGGGACUCUUCUGAACAGUGAAUGAAAGCAAGGCUUGUCAAACAAUAGCUGGUGAAGAAACUGAGUCACAAUCCUAUUGAUCAUCUAUGAAAACCUUAGCAGUGGCUUGAAUGUUUCAUGAUUUUUUUCCAAUAUUUUGGAAGAAUUUAUUUCCACAAAGGGUGUCUUUUGAAAACUCGUAUGUUUCUAGGGAUGAAGUAUAGCAUUAUUGCAUGAAGGUAUGUGUAUUCUAACUCCUGCAGUUUUCCCUUAAUUUGUAUACCCCUGCUCUUUUUUUUCCCCUUUCUUAUAAUUAUUUGAGUCUACUUCCCUUCCUGAAUGGAAGGGAUAAAACAUAUCAAGUCUUAAACUCAAAUCCUAUGACAGGUUUGAUUUGGUAUGUAUUGAUAGUAGAAUGUUCUUCAAAGUAUCUGCUGCUUUAUGUCAAUGAAUGACAAAACUUGUGGCUAUUUACCUUCAUUGACUUCCUUAAAAGUAAUUUCUUCAAAAUGCAAAAAAAAUAUUUAUAUGUAUAUAUACGCGCACACAGUGAAUCACACCCCACUAGUGUAAUAUAAACCCAGUGCAUCACACUCAACUAGUGUAGUGGAAUUUUUUUAUUUUUUUGGAAAGUAUGUGCUACAGUGAGUAGUAAAAUGUUAUGUAAAUUAGAAGGUAUCACAUUUUUCUUAUUACUUACAAGCACGUUUGCCACAUUGUUGAUUUUUGUUUCCAUAUAAAUGGACCUGUGUGCUUGUUCAUGCCAGUGCCUUAGAAAAAAAAUUCUAAACCCAGGAAAAAAAUCUUAUGCUGGGAGUCAGUUUUACAUUAUUUUAGUGGUGGGUGAGGGGAAAUAGUAAUGCGUAUCUAGUUCUGAAAUUAUAACUAGGUGGAUAUGACAUAAGUAGACUUGAAUAUCUUUGUGUAUGGUGCAGCUAGGUUCAAAGCUCUAAUGAAAUGAUUUCAUAUUAAAUAGCAAAGAUCAUUCUCUAUGAAAUGCAGGAGUAACUGUUUCAGAGCUACAGAUACUCAUCAGCUUAUUUUGCUGAACAGUGUCAGUGCUCAGCUGAGGUAAGUUUGAGUCCCAGGGAAUUGUAAAUUUAUUUAAACACAAGCCUGUUGGAUUGUCUGGGAAUCAAGGCUGACUGUAGAGUUUGAGCAAUUGCAGUCUUCCUUCUUUCAGCCUGGAAGGACCAAUACUACAUGUGGCCAGCUAUCUACAUGAGAAAAGCUGUGAAGGCAGUAGAAAUCAACUCUAGAAUGGGGAAAUCCUUAUCAAACCCUUCCUGGGAGAUGCCCUUGAUCAAGCAGUUUCUGGAGGAUACAACAAGAAAUUAGGGUAGGGAAGCAGGGUGGACAAUUUCACUGAAAAGCGGGCAUAAUAUUUCCGAGUGCAGAAGUAAAAUGGUUACUACAAAACCGAAGUAACUUGGUGUGUGAUGCUUCUCUUCCGCAGGCUUUAUUGGUGUCAUUGCUUUUUUAGAUCAUGCAAUGCAGUGUACCUGGUAGGGCAACAAAUUUAUUUCUCUGGGAAUGUAAAGUACACAAUGUUUAGUAAUACAGUAAGUACUGCUCCAGAGCUAUGCUAAUUUUGAAAGCACUCUGGGGAAUGAUACAAAACGUCUCACUAGAUUUUUGGAUGUUUUCUGGCCAGUAUUUCUAACUUUAUAUGCCUCUUCCUGUGUUUUUUUGUGAUGUUCUAGAUAUUAAAACACGUGUGUGUAUGUUUGAGGUAGGAAACCUCAACAAAGAUCCAGUAUGCAUCCAGUAUGUAAGCAAGUAUAUGCUUACAUAAAGGACCCCCCAUAGAAAUUGGCCAAAGACUCUCAUUAUUCGAUUGGAUACAGUGUGUGGGAAAGGAGACUUUGGAAUAAGCCUUACUGCAGCUGACAGGCCUGGCAUUUAUCAAACUACUGCAACAACAUUACUAGUGAUAUAUUCUUUUGGAGCUGCAGAAAUAAUGCACUGUUUUUGUAUUGACCACUGACCAAUCCAUACGUAAAUUAACAUAGGGCAUAUUAGCUUGUAGGAUUUCAAAAAAAAAAAAUAAUUUAGAUUUGACUCUCAGGUUUUAAAUGUUUCAAGUCUAAUUGUAGUUAGUGCAGUUAUCAAUGCAAUUUUACAUUCUUAGAGAGUAAGUAUAAUUGGCACAAAGUUGUUUUUGUAAAUGUAAAUGUUUAAAAGAGUGGUGUUAAAUGUAUUUUUUUUAAUUUGGGAUAGAUCAUAAUUCCUAAACAGAUAGGAUUUUAUUUCAUUUCUUAAAAACAUCAACAGUGUGUAAAUAAAAUAUGCUUUUUGGAUGUAAAUCUUAGCAAUCCACAGUGAAUGUAGGCUAUUAAUAAAUAAUUAAUUUAAAUCUUGAUGUUCGAUAUGUGUACAUACAGUAAAACUACUUGCUUCUUUGCUCAAAAGCCAUAGGAAUGUAAUUGAAAUUACUUAGAGUUGAAUGAACUUUCUAGUACAAUGUACUUUAUUGUUGGAGUAAAAUGUUUUAGAAAAAUGAUUCAUCCAUAACUAAACCUUGAAUCCCUUGAAUCACUUCUCGAUUAGUGAUAAGAGUUCAGGUUAGGAUUGACUAGGUAGUAAAAGUCAGGUUGAAUGAUGAUAAAUUAACCUGUGUAUUAAAUAGCAGUGUGGAAUUGAUUGAAUACCUCGAAUAUGCAUUUUCAGAAUUUCUUGAUUCAGCUAUUUAAUGCAACAGAGUAGGAGAGGCUUUGGUGCAUUUAGAGGCUACCAUUGUCCAGAAUUAAAACCAUUCCAAACUGAAUAUUCCUUUAAGGGUUGAGCUUCUGAAGGAUGAAACAGGUGUGUGCCUGACCUUGAAAAUCAUGAUUCUAAUUCAGCCUUUGUACCAAUUGCUUUCUUGUAUAAAAUGUAUUAAGCUGUUUUUUUUUUUUAUCUUGUUCACUUACUCUACUGUGGUUAGUAAUUUACAUUCAACACUGUGUCAAUGUUCUACCCUCUUCUGUGACUUCAAAAAAUAAAGUUUCACAAUUACCACUA